AAAUGUGGCAAUUAUAUUGAGACAAAGGGAGUAACAAAAUUCCACUUAAUUUUUUAUUUUUUUUUUAGAAAUUAAGAAAGGAAAAAAAAAACCUAUUUUUUAUAUCGGUAGCCCAACAAAAAAAGAAGCUCAUAUUUAAAUGGGCCUUAAAACAAGGCGAGUAGCCCAAAGAGUCUCGUAUAGUUCAUCCUACAAAUUUGAAUUCAUCGCCGGCAAAUCACGCCGGCCACUAUCUCCGACACUCCUUUUCGGCUGAUUUCCGAUUCAUUUAAAACCCUAAUUUCGAAAUCUCCCCCAUUUGAAUAAAUACUAAGCGAUCCACUGUAAUUUCCGGCAACAAAUUUCCGCAAUUCAGAGGGAAAUUGGUGCGAUGGCGGCGAAGCAGAUGGAGGAGAUACAGAAGAAAUUGACAAUGUUGAAUUAUCCAAGAGCUAAUGCUCCUGCUCAGUCUUUGCUGUUUGCUGGAAUGGAGCGUUACGCUCUUCUUGAGUGGCUAUUCUUCAGGCUGUUGGGCGAUAAGUCUCCCUUCUCUCAGCAAAAUCUGCAAGGAGAUGGUGUAGACCGUGAUGAAGAGACUUCUCGCAUUCAGUACUUGGCAGAAAUCGCUAAGUUUCUUGGCAUCACAACCAUUGUGGAUACAGAGGUCAUUCAAGGACGUGGAAGCUAUGAAGACCGCACAGAAAUGCUUAGACUCAUUGUAGACCUUGUUGAGGCCAGCAUCUAUGCUGAUAACCCCGACUGGAGUGUUGAUGAGCAGGUUACCAAGGACAUACAGCUAAUUGAUGCCAUUGCAGAAAAGCAGGCACAGAUUUUCUCGGAAGAGUGCAAGUUGUUUCCUGCAGAUGUGCAGAUUCAAUCCAUUUAUCCCUUGCCAGACAUCGCUGAUCUGGAGUCCAAGCUGUCAGAGUUGUCAAAAAAAUUCUCGACCCUCCAACAAAAUGUUGAUGAUUUGGCAUCAAAGCAUGCUUAUAAUCCAGAUGAAGAUUAUGCAGAAGUAGAAACAAAGCUACGUUCUCAUUUGGAGUCGUUUUUGGAAACAGCCAGAUCCUUCAAUGUGAUUUACACAAAGGAGAUACGUCCGUGGACGCACAUGAUGGAAGUACCUCAGCUUCAUGGGUUUGGUCCUGCAGCAAAUAGGUUACUGGAGGCCUAUAAAAUGCUGUUGAAGUUCCUGGGAAAUUUGAGGAACCUUCGAGAUUCACAUGACGCGGUGAAGGCUGGGUCAUCUGAGACAGUUGGUGGUGAGCCUUCCUCUGUUGUGAGAAUUAUAUCAGAGUGUGAAACAUCUCUUACACUGUUGAAUCGAGAUCUUGGUAUACUUUCAGCCUCUAUUGCUCGUGAACGGGGUGAAUUAACUUCAUAGCCUCAAGAUCAUUGUUUUGUACAGUGUGUAGGGUUGUUUUUGAGUGUUCAGGCCACAGGUGGUAUGGUAGCAAUUGCAACUACUUUCUGAUCCGUAACAUGUUGCCAUCACGAUGUUGUAGUGUUAUCUAAUUUUUUUUGUUAAAUCAAAAUGUAUCUUGUUCAAAAUUCUUGUAUAUUGAUAUUCGGAAGAAAGUUAUGGCUUGACAUGUCUAAUGUAAAACUAACCUGAUUUUGUUGUGUUGAUUACCUUCAUGUAUAAGCUGACUUAGCACACUUGUGGAGCAAUAAUAAGGGAAUGUUAAGUCUGAAUUCAUUCA